AUGGAAACUACUUCUCAAGUCUACCUGGCCGGAAAGCCCAUCAGCCGAAAUGGCUUUGGUAUAAUGCGUCUGACAUGGCAGCUCGGGGCACUUCCUGACUCCCAGAGCUUCCCCAUUCUCAAAGCUGCUGUUGCAGCCGGCAUGAACCUCUGGAAUGGCUCCGACUUCUACGGCACCCCGGAGAACAACUCACUGCAUCUGAUCAACCGCUACCUAAAAGCCUACCCGGAGGAUGCCGAGAAAUUUGUUGUGUGCAUCAAGAGCGGACUGCUUGAUAUCCGCACCUUUGAAAUGGACUGUUCCGCAAAGGGCCUGCGUGAUUUCGUGCAAAAGGCGCUAGAUGCCGCGAAGGAUACCAUGACCAAAAUCGAUGUCUUUGGUCUGGCACGGAUUGACCCCAAUGUCCCCGUGGAAGAGAGUGUCAAGGCACUGGCUGAAUUGCGCGAGGAAGGGAAGAUAGGUGGUAUCCAGCUCACUGAGGUUCGGGCUGAGACGAUUCGACGCGCCGCAAGCGUCACAAAGAUUGAUAUGGUGGAGGCCGAGGUCAGCCUGUGGUCUACUGAUGUCUUUACCAAUGGGGUAGCUGAAGCAUGUGCCGAGCUUGGGAUUGUGCUGGUGGCACACAGUCCGCUGGGAGGGGGGAUUUUGACUGGUAAAUUCGAAACAAUUGACGAUGUGCCGGAGACAAUCAAACAUCGGCCGCGUUUCUCGCCGGAGAACUUUGAAAGCAACCUUAAUUUGGUGAAGGCAGUCAAGAAGCUGGCGGAAUCCAAGGGAUGUAGCCCGGCUCAGCUGGCACUGUCGUGGGUCAGGAGAAAGGGCAUGGAGCCCGGUAUGCCGGUCAUUGUGACGGUUGUUGGCGCACGAUCGCCCGAGACAGUGCUGGAGAAUGCGAAGGAGGUCGAUUUGACCGAGGCCGAUAUGAAGGCAAUCGAUGAUAUUCUGAAGUCGUUCCCCGUGCAGGGCGACAGGUGGCCAGCAGCAGUAGCGAAGUUUAACGAGUACUAG